GAUCGAUCUGUCCCCAAGUCCAGUUGGAUUUGGUGCAGAAUCAUAAUUGAAAUUACCAUAUCUUUCCAUCGUAGACGUUGGAUUACCUAAAACGUGUGAUCGAUCUGUUCGAUCUAAGAGAUCCUUCCAUUUCUUGCAUUACCUGAUAAGAUCAAUCUUGGCAUUCCUCCCUAUAAAAUACACAUAUGCAAGACAUAGCCGGUGUCCCCCUAUCGCGGCACAGAAAAAAGAAAUCGAACCGAGUCCAAUACCAAUUUCUUUUGGUGCCCAUCUCCAUGGUUGCAAUGGGAGGAGGCUCGCCGGCUGUUCUUCUCCUCCUCUUGGCCGCCUCGGUUCUUUCUCCAGGUGCCAUGUCAGCAAGGUUCAUGUUCACCAGCAACUGCCGUGACGUGAUCUACCCCGGCGUGCUGACGGGCAGUGGCCGGCCGCCGUUCCCGACCACCGGGUUCGAGCUGCAGCCGGGCGCGACAGCGGACUACGCCGGCGUCCCGGACAACUGGUCGGGCAACGUCUGGGCGCGUCGUCUCUGCUCCACCGACUCCGCGGGCCGCUUCUCCUGCGAGUCCGGCGACUGCGGCACGGGCGCCGUCGAGUGCAACGGCAGCGGCAACGGGCCGCCGUCGACGCUCUCGGAGUUCACGCUCCGCGGUGGCACCGGCGGCGCCACGGACUACUACGACAUCAGCAACGUGGACGGGUUCAACGUGCCCGUGCAGGUCGCGCCGUUCGACGUGCCCGGGGGGGUGCCCGGCGCCGGGUGCGGCACGGCGGCGUGCGCGGCCGACAUCGACGCGUCGUGCCCGCCGGAGCUGGCGGCGAGGGACGCCGCGGGCGUCGCGGUGGUGGGGUGCAAGAGCGGCUGCCUGGCGUUCGACCGGGACGACCUAUGCUGCCGCGGGGCGUACGCGACGCCGGACAGGUGCGGGCCGAGCGACUACUCGAGGUUCUUCAAGCAGCAGUGCCCGCAGGCGUACAGCUACGCGUACGACGACCAGAGCAGCACCUUCACCUGCAGCUCCGGCGCCAGCUACCACAUCACCUUCUGCCCUUAAUUAAUCCAGCAAAGAUUUGGAUCAUGCGAUUAAUUAGCUAGCUGUUUGGAACUCUUUCUACUGAACAAUAUUAAUUAGUGGUUAUGCUUGCCUUGAUAAGCUAUUUCGCUUCAGAAUAUGAACUUCUUAACUUCACCUCUAUUUUGCACUUUUAAGGUUCUUGCGUUACUCUUAGGCCGCGUUCGUUCGAGCAAGUUAACUU